GAGAAGUUGGUGACAGAAAUGAAGUUUGAAAUCAUGUCAAGAAAGACCAUUAAACCAUCAAUUCCAACUCCUCAUCAACAUAGAACCUUUAGCCUUUCCCUUUUGGACCAAAUCUUUCCCCCGAUAUAUAGUUCAACCGUUUUCUUCUAUUCCUCAAACCCUAAUGAAAAAGGUAAUAGUAUCACCUCUCAAGUCUUGCAGCAAUCUUCUCGCCUACAAAACUCACUGUCUAAAACCUUGGUUCACUUCUAUCCAAUGGCUGGCCGUCUCAAAGACACUGCCUCCGUUGAAUGCAAUGACCAAGGGGCUUAUUUUGUGGAAGCUCAAGUUAGUUGCUCACUCGUAGACUUCCUUAUCCAACCUAAAAUUGAGUUACUAAGUCAUUUUAGUCCCAUCAUUGAUCCUUACACUACUCAAUUAGCCUCGGAUUCUAUGUUGCUUAUUCAACUCACUGCCUUUAGCUGUGGUGGAAUUGCCAUAGCUGUAUGCCCUUCACACAAGAUCAUGGAUGGAUCGUCUCUCUUCUCAUUUCUCCAAAGUUGGACAGUCACUAGUCGUGGAUAUGGUGAAGUAGUGAUCCCGAAAUUCAUUGGAAGUUCUUUGUUGCCGCCUAGAGAUUUGCCCAUCAUGCCCAAUCCUAAGGUGAACUUCCAGGCUAAAAAAUGCAUCACAAGGAGGUUUGUCUUUGAUGCCUCAAAGAUAUUUAGCCUCAAGGCCAAAACUGCUGGUGCAAUUGGACAGCGAUCCCCCACAAACGUAGAAAUAGUGUUGGCACUCAUCUUGAAAUGUGCUAUGGCUGCUUCUAAGUCAAUAUCAAGCCGUUUAGGGCCAUUGGUAUUGUCCCAAGCAGUGGACUUGCGCAAAAGAAUGGUGCCACCCUUGCCUGAAAACAGCAUAGGGAAUCUCAUUUGGCAAUUCCUAGUGUUUUCUAAGGACAGUGAGUUAGAAAUACACGAUUUAGUAGCUAAAAUGAGAGAAGGGUUGAUAGAAUUUUCCAAUGAGAAGGCCAAUAAAUUCAAAGGUGAUGAAGGUUUCCAAAUGGUUUGUGAGUCACUCAAGGAAAGGGGUGAAUUAAUGAAGAGAAUGGACAUUACCAUUUAUAGAUGUACAAGCUUGUGCAAGUUGCCACUAUAUGAAAUGGAUUUUGGGUGGGGAAAGCCCAUGUGGAUCACUAAUAAUUCAAGCAAUUACUUCGAGAAAUUAAUUGUCUUGAUGGAUACAAAACAAGGUGAUGGCAUAGAAGCUUGGGUGACAUUGGAGGAACGAGAGAUGGAAAUAUUUCAACGUAGCAAGGGGCUCCUUGAAUUUGCUUCCUUUAACCCUAGUGCUUUCGUUAAACAAAGCCGCAUUUGA